GUGUGUCCACCUUGUCUGGGUGUGUCCCUGUUAAAGUAGCAGGUACUGCCGCAUUUGCGUCUCUGUCGCUGCUGCUGGAGAGACUUUAACCGCCCGGGAUGGAUCUGUUCAACGUUAAGACGCUUCUGCUUCUGCUCUCUUUUAUUGGAUGCUGUGCGGGGCAGAGCAUUCUGCCGGUCGGUCCGGUAUACGCCACGUUGGGGACAAAUGUGACUUUCCAGACUACUCUGGUUGGCAAAGUGGACUAUCUCGUCAUAGUCUGGAAUUUCAACGGGGUUAAUGUUGCUACACGGACGGCAGGGGGGCUUAAAGUGGGCGCCCAGUACACGGGGAGAGCGGCCAUUAACAAUACCAACGCCUUCUUGUACCUGGGACCCGUGACGGCUGCGGACAACGGACAAUACAGCAUCAGUUUAACAGCAAUGGACGGUACGACGUCAACGGGAGAGACGCAGCUCCAAGUUCUGGAGCCGGUGUCUGGUGUAACCAUCACAUCUAACAUGCCCGAAGCCUUGGAGUCCAACAGCACCGUGGUUCUGAACUGCUUCGCCAAAGGCUCCUUCCUCAAGUUCACCUGGCUCAAUGGCAGCACGCCCAUCGUGGACGGUAAUCGCUUCGCACUGAAACAGAUGGGACAGUCCAGUACUUUGACCAUCACAGAAGUUCUCAGGACGGACCUGGUUGGUCCCAUCUACUGCACAGCUGCUAACCAGCUGCAGAGCCAGAUGAGCGCCCCCUUCAACCUCACCGUCUACUACGGACCCGAAGCAGUCACCAUUACUGCUUCGAACCCGGAUCUUUUCAUCUCGUCCAAUAUCAACUUCACCCUGUCCUGCUCAGCCACCUCCAGUCCGCCCGCCACCUUCACCUGGUACCGUAACCAUCGCAUGAUGGAGAACGCGGGUCCCUUCCUGACUCUGGAAGUCAUAAGAAAACACCGAUUCGGGAGUGAAACGGGAGAAUACAGAUGCAGGGCCCACAACGCAAAGACCGGCCGCAUCGUCCCUUCUCCUGGCAUUUCCUUCGCUGUGAUGGAUACCAUCUCAGGUGCUACAGUCAGCGGCCCGACCUCUGUCCUCAUUGCCGGCAACAGCACCGCCAACCUCAGUUGCCAGGCGGCGAACGGCACCGUGACGGCCAUAACCUGGCACAAAGACGGCCUACGCCUGUCUGCCGGCGGCCGCCUGGCGUUCUUCGCCAACAUGAGCUCCAUGACGAUCAGCCCGCUGCAGCAAGAGGACAACGGCGAGUACCGGUGUCAGCUCACAAACCCCAUCCACAAAGCCGAAGCCUUCUACAAGCUGGUGGUCAACUUCGGUCCUGAAAAAGCGGAGGUGAAAGGUAAAAAGGCCGUUGAGGUGGACAACAAGGUGGAGCUCACCUGCUUUGCUGACUCCAUCCCCCAAGCCAACUUUACCUGGAAGUUUAACGGCACAGAUACCGGUGUCAAAGGGGCCCGUUUUACGAUCGAGAUGGCUACUGUCAAGGACAUCGGAAUGUACACAUGCGAGGCGAACAACGCCGUCACUGGCAGGACCGCCACGUACACCCACAGCCUGGACGUCAAAGCCAAAGGAACGUUGCCGGUCGAUCAGGAAGGUCUCUCAGACGGAGCCAUCGCUGGAAUCGUCAUCGGCGUCCUCAUCGCUCUUGCCGUCGCCAUCGGCCUGAUCGUGUACUGCAGACAGAAAGUACCGGUCGAGUCACCGUACUGAAGAAGUCCCCCCUCCGCACGCUGCUGGAGAACCAAUCCGACCGAUUUGUUUCCCACGAUCCAUCUGUGCAGCCUGCGGAGGAGGAGCGUGCGGUUGGAUCCGGCUCGGUUUUCCGGUGAAGCCCUCGCCAAAACCAGAUUUCCCCGUCAUCAUCCCUCCCUCUCUUGCUCUAUCUCGCCGACGAGGACAGAGGAAACAUCGGUCGAACCCAAACGAUGGAUCCUAUCAGUUUGGAUUAUUAGCCGGAAUCAUGUCUUGUCUUUUUUGACUUUCAUCUUGGCCAUAAAUUCGUCCGCCAUCACUGGAUUGUCACCCGCCCUUCUCUUCUUCUCUUAACGACCUGGUGUUAACGAACGUCAUCCUUUACCUUUUUUUGUCUCGCUCGCCGCUUCCUUUAGGAAACCAAAAACGCAGAGAAAGCCCCGUGCCAGAGACGUUUCCUGCACUGAAGCUGAUGGACUGACGGUUACGAUGACUGACUCUCUUUAUCCUGCUGGAAACCUGAGGAGGACACACACACACACACACACACACACACACACACACACACACAGAGGCCACACACGAAGACAU